AUGAACGGGUUGAAUCACCCAGAGACCCCUCGACCUGCCACAGCUCCUCUUCGACCGAGUUUGUCGACAUUUAUUGAUUUUACACGCAACGCCUCAUUCACAUAUUUUCCCAGCCGCAGUCUUUCCCAGCACUUCCGUGAAGCUCAGAGUGUAGCUUCGUCCAUCACAAUUGGUGAAGGAACUUCAUACAUCAUCACGCGAAAAGACAGUCCUCCUGCUCGGGUGGAUCUACCUCAACCAGUCGAGCAGCAGGGUGUAAAAGUGUCCUUGACCACUAAGCCAGCCUCACAACCAUCUCCUAUAGAUCGAGUGGUCUAUAAGAUACCGGAUGUUCGGUUCCAGGAAACCGGAGAACCGACGCCCGAGUCACGCUCACGAUUUGCCUCUAUCUUGCUGGAUUUCCUGGUCCUUACCCACACCCCCGUCACAAAGCACAAGAACAUCCUGAGUCUGCUAGGCCUAGCAUGGGGAAAUCUACCCGGCGAGCGGCCAUAUAAAUUCCCUAUCCCAAUCGUUUUAUGGGCGGACUAUGGUAGUCUUGCAGACAUGCAGAAAUCCAAGCAGAUAUGUAUCUCACACAAGUCUCGCAUACUUAUGGAUAUUGCGACAGGACUGGAGUUUCUUCAUCAUUGCGACAUCAUACACGGCGAUGUUAAAACCGAAAAUAUCCUGAUCUAUUCCUCGGCUUCUUUCCGCUAUCUAGCAAAAUUGUCAGAUUUCGGCUCUUCUAUCCUAGGAGGUCACGGGGUCUUCGAUUUUUACACAGGUGGUACAAGAAAGUGGGCUGCGCCUGAAGUGUUGAAGGGGAACCGGCCCACAGCCGCCAGUGACAGCUUUUCAUUCGGAUUGAACGCCUGGCGAAUCGCCAUUGACGGGAUCGACCCUUUGAGCUCGUUCAUACUUCUCAAUAUCCCAAACUCACCGACUUUACCCGAAGAUGGUCUGGACGCACGUCCUGUGCGACACCUCGCUGAGCUCAUUGAAUCCAACCAGCUGGCAGAGGUGUCGGGGUCGAAACAUUGGCUCCCAAGUUACGUGCACCUACAAUCCAACCGAAAACUGCCGAGCUGCGAUCAUGAAGACAUCUCCAAGCAAGAAGCAAGCAACGGCCAGAACUUUAUUCCGGAGGCUGCAUUCUUCUCAUGCUUAGACAGGAUACUUAACCAGACUCUUCAGUACUGUGAGAGUGCGAGAAGUGUCCUGCAGGCGAAAUACGAUCUCGAGAGUCUUAAUGGCCGUGAUCACAAUGUUGCAGCACCCGAGGCACAAUCAAUCACCUCGACGCGUCAAUAUCAGACAUUGAUAACAGGCGGGUUUACAAUGUCUUACAUCGCCAUGAGAGAGCUGCCAUCUCAUAUCUCCAAUCUGGUCUUCUCACAGAUGGUCAAACUCAACACUGAUCGAGAGGAGGGCAAAUCGAAUCCCAGUAUUGAAAGCUGCCUAACUGCCGGUUUUAUGAGCGGCAUGGGCUCCGACCGAUACUUUGACGCCAUGAGUUCUGUUCUAUCAUGCGCUCGAGGUGCUCAAGCGGGUAUUACCGGCCUUCGGGCAAUUGUUGUUCGUCUGGCUAAGGUGGCAGGAGCGACUGUCCAAGAGAACAUGGAGAAAACUCUCCAGUGGAAUGCUGAGCGAGGGUCUCUGGCCGCCAUGGAAGAAUUGAGAGAAAUUUCUCCAGAGAAGGCUGAACGUGCAAAAGUCUUUAUGCAAAGACAUGGCUGCGGCGUCGGAGCGAGGUUUUUCUCCAAGGUUCUCGGGCCCUUUACUUAUCCCCAACUAUCUGACCUUACGGUGAUUGACAGUCACCUUCGAAAGACCGGCCAGACCCCGAGAGACAUCAUUGUGAACCCUCGAGGGGAUACGCUAAUCCACGCGGCUGCAUCAAUGGGUAGCAAAGAAGUUGUGCUAGCCUUGCUUGACCGAUACAAGGUGCCGGUAAAUGUGCCUAAUGCUCAAGAAGAAACACCACUGCUAUGCGCAAUGCGAGCGGGACACGUCGAGGUGGUGAUCGGUUUACUUGAUCGAGGGGCAAACGCCGGUUCUAUCUCGAAAAACCGCGAAACAGCACUUCAUUGGCUUAUCUCCAUCUCAGAAUCCUGCGCACGGGAGAUUCUUUCUGGCCUUAUCGAGAAUGGUGCAGACAUACACAAUCCGCGCUGGGCACUGAACUGCGAGUACGCUGCGUCGAUGAUUUCAGGAUAUCUGAGUCGAUGGGACCACCCUGAAGCGGGCUCGCCUCUGCACUGGGCAGUAUCACGCAAAAGAAAGGACCUCGUCGCGUUAUUGUUGGAGCACGGGGCGGACCACUACGAUCGUGGUGAUUUUGCAACGAACACAACUGCCUUCGAACAAGCAGCAUACUUCCACGACCACGAGAUUCUGCGGAUCAUUAUUGAUUCGAAGUAUCCUCGACCACGUGUGCCGAGUUUUGAUACUGGCUUUGACCAAAACUUCCACAACCAACGUGACGAGGUUCCCGGAGGCUCUUACCUUUGCGGACCCUCUGGGUUGAUCCGUCAAGCCAUAGAAGGAUCAGACCGUUAUCUAAUGGCAGUCAGAUGGGGAGCAGCUUACAAGAAACAACUCCAGGAAACCUUCCAGCUGCUAGGCGAGGAAUUGAGGUAUGUAGAGCUGAUCCGUGGAGUUGACCAGGCAGGCCGUUCUCCUUUACAGUACGCCGCUAGCCGUGGAUUCCACGAAGCAGCAGAAUGCAUCUACGAGUACAUGGAUGGCCCCCGAUGGCUGAACGUCCCUUACGACCGAGACGGAGGCAUCACGCCCAUCUUCGAGUCGGUCAAGCGUGACAACAAGACGCUGUUCAACUUUCUCCUCAGUAAACGUGCGAAGAUCGACAUCAGAAUCGACAGUCCUGGUAUGCGCAAUCGCUUCGAUUGGUGCAUCUUGCACACAGUGGCUCAAUACGGUGACGCCGAGGUUGCCGACAAAAUCCUUGGACUUGGAAUUCCACCGGACGGAUACUGUGUCGAAGGCCAAGAGCCCACGGAAACGCCGCUCGCGGUGGCGAUCGAGAACAACAAUUUCGAGGUUGCGGACUAUCUGCGCGAGAGAGGCGCUGAUGUGAAUGCCCUGUCGCAAUGGUCCCUCAACAGCAAUUUGAGGUUAAGCUGUCCUAUGACUAUCCUUGGAAGGAUAAUCGCCAGCAAUCUUCGUGACUAUAAGCGCCGGCUAAAGUACCUGCUGGGCCACGAGCGACGAGAUCUUGCUCAGCCAACAUUCGUCGUCGCGCCUGCCCAACGCCUCACAGCGCUCCAUGUCAGUGUGCUUGGGGUCCAAGCUCUGCAUGCUGAUCAUCAACAGGAACGUGAUGAUUUGGUUGCAAGCAGGAUCCUGGACUAUCUGCUCGAGUUAUUCGACGGUGACGAACAGAUAAAUGCUGUGACGGCCGACGGCGCCAGCAACACAGCUCUGCAUAUUGCUGUGCACUCUCUUAACGUGCGGGCCGUCGAGCUUCUCUUGACUUCUGACUUCAUCAGACUUGAUGUCCAGGCGGCGAACGGGCUAUCUGCGAUCCAUUCUGCUAGAAAGGUUGUCACGGAGCUGGAGCGUGACGACAAACAAAAGGGUUUGCAGGCUAGAGAGAUCCUGGAUAUGCUUCUGGAGAAGGAACAAAGUGACCAAUUUUGA